CCCUCGCGGCGUCGCGAGUUAAAGGCAGCACCCCGGCCGGGCGGAGUGUGGGUGCUUGUGGUGUCCUCCGUACCGUCGUCUGUGAAACAGCAGUGCGGCCAUGGCAGAACCACAGCCCGCGUCCAGCGGCCUCACGGACGACGCUGCCCUCGGUUGCUGCUCCGACCCGGAUCCCAGCACUAAGGAUUUUCUGUUGCAGCAGACCAUGCUACGAAUUAAGGAUCCUAAGAAGUCAUUGGAUUUUUAUACUAGAGUCCUUGGAAUGACGCUACUCCAAAAAUUAGAUUUUCCCACUAUGAAAUUCUCACUCUAUUUCUUGGCUUAUGAGGAAAAAAAUGACAUCCCAAAAGAUAAAGAUGAAAAAGUAGCAUGGGUAUUCUCCAGGAAAGCUACCCUUGAACUGACACACAAUUGGGGCACAGAAGGUGAUGAGACCCAGAGUUACCACAGUGGCAACUCAGACCCUCGAGGGUUUGGUCACAUUGGAAUCGCUGUUCCUGAUGUACACGGUGCUUGUAAAAGAUUUGAAGAGCUGGGAGUCAAAUUUGUGAAGAAACCUGAUGAUGGUAAAAUGAAAGGCCUGGCAUUUAUCCAAGAUCCCGAUGGCUACUGGAUUGAAAUUUUGAAUCCUAACAAAAUGACAACUAUUAUUUAGUUCUGUGAGAAUACUGCUUUGCGAUUUCAGUGAAGACCUUGUGGGAGGUAAAAAAGGAAAUGGUGUGAUUCAAGAUAUUCAGAUAACAGAAACAUCUAGGACUGAAGAAUCAUUGUCCCAAUUAAGAUUAUUCUGAAGUCCAUUCCUCUUUCCUAUUUCAGCUAUGUUUUUCACCUAACUGUUCAGUCAUUGUGAUUUUAAAGUAAUGCUUUGCCUUAUGUCCUUGAAUGUGUUAAAUAACUUUACUUUUUAAGGUAAUAAUUAGAACAAUUCCCUUCAGAGGCUGCAUUUGCCUUCUUUCUCCUAAAUGUGAUUUCUCUACAAGUCUGCCUUUGAAUCAUCAUUCUCAAAAAAAAAUUAACAAGAUUUUGUUGUGGUUACCUUCAGGUGUUUCAGUUCCUCAGAAAUAAGUUUUCUCAAUGAAAAGUAAAGAACACUGAACAAAAAUGAAA